AUGGCAAUACAGCUAUGGGGGAGUGACAACCUUUCAGCGACCGAUGAACGGGAUCCAACAGACAGAUUAGGAUUAGUACGUGAUCCGGGCGAUGAACGCAACGAACGUAACUCUAUACGAGAGAGCAUCGUCGCUAAGGCGAGCAGGGUGCUGCUGGGUGUGCUCACGACAAAUGCAGGCCGCAUGUCUAGGGUUUCCUUCCUCCGGGUUAGCAUAAUCCAUUGGGUCUUGUUAGUGGUUUGGCUAUCGUUGCUAGCUCGUUUUUCCACUAUCUACGCGGAAUUGUAUUCCCGGACGCCUUUGUUGACCACCAUAUGCUCGAAUGGUUUGUUAUUUGGCAUUUCGGAUAUCCUGGCACAAGGGAUCCAUCAAUUCAUCGGCUCCACGAGUCUUCCUUUGCCACAAAGGUGGAUUCAUGAUACUAUCCAAAUUUAUGACGAAGAUAUGGACCUUGAGGACAAUGUAUCGAUAUUCAAUGACUACGGUUAUAGCACAGACAGCAGUACAGGGCCGGAAACUCUUACUUUUGCAGGCAAUGAAGCUGGGUUCGAGUUUUUCCGUUGGGCAUGUUUUAUGGCGUGGGGUGCCGGACUAGCGUUCUUUCAAGUGCCUUGGUAUCGAGUUCUCAACUUUUUCUACACUGAAGAUCCUACAGUGGUACAGACCUUAGAGCGAGUGUUAUCCGAUCAGCUAGUCUAUUCUCCGAUCUCGCUGUACUGUUUCUUCAUGUAUUCAAACUAUGUGAUGGAGCGUGGAGAUGCGGCGUCUUUCAAAAAAAAGAUCGAGAAAAUCUACCUUGGAACUUUGGGCUUCAAUUAUCUCAUUUGGCCGCCAGUCCAAUUUAUCAAUUUUUUGCUGGUACCGAAACCUUCUCAGGUUCCCUUCAGCUCCUCCGUUGGCGUUCUGUGGAAUUGCUUUCUUUCCAUCCGGAAUGCUUCAAACUCUGUGUAG